CGCGGGAAGCGGGCUGUGUUGGUGCAUGGUUCCCCACAUCAGCAGCCAGCAUGUGCAGGCACAGCAACAUCGAUCGAGAACAGCAGCAAGAAGGUGAUGAGGGCGCAUGCAUCACAUAUGUGUCUGCUUCGUUCCGAUGCGGUCAGCCAUGUAGACUUGGCUUGUACGAUCGCAUACAUGCGCUCGGGGGACCGUCUGUACUUGAUUGCGCUCUUUCCCCUUCAGCCAUCAUCACCAUCACAACACCUCCCUCGUUGCGAGCGCAUACGCUCAGCUAACACAUUCGUUCUUCCACGACUCGCAAGUCCCACAACAUGGCGUCCACCUCUACCUCGCCCAACAACGUGCCAAAGGCUAACCUGUACACCUUCAAAGCUUCGGUGUGGGGAGCAGUGGCGACCAUCGGCCUCGUUGAGAAAGGUUAUGCGCCAGACGACGUAGAUCUGCGCUCGGUAGUGCUUCCAAAGGGAGAGAACUUUGCGCCAGCCUAUUUGCGCAUCAACCCCAAUGCCACGGUGCCCAGCUUGGUCGUGCCAUUGGCGGACACGACGAGCGCAGAGGUGGACACGAAAUUCAGAGCGCUCAACGAUAGCGUCGCGGUGCUGGAAUUUUUGGACUCGUCAAGGUCUCAGCAGAUUCUGGAUGCGCGUGGAGAGACUGGCACUGCUCCCGCGCCGAUGCUAGCACCGGCGACGAUCGAAGGGAAGGCAGCCAGCGAUGCUCUCAUAGCUCUUGUCCACCAAGACGACGCCGAUCCCAACGGCCUGCUACUCGCGGUUAGGGACGAGAAGGAGCUGGAAGCUGCUGUCAAAGGCUUUCAUGGGACAUUUGUGAAGGGACGCUUCGAGGCUCUCAAAACCUAUCGAGCCGAGACUGCUGCGCAAGCUAAAGGUCCAAAUCCGAGGGAUUCGGCAAUCACCGAGCGAUUGCUCAAUUGGUACGAUGAAAGGUUGCUGGCGGAUGCGCCGCUCUACAACACAUUCAUCGCUGGAGAUUCGACAGCUCAGAAGGCGUUCAUCGAGCAAUCCAUCAACCUCUGGGUUGGUCUUGCGAAGGUGUUGUCCACUUUAGAAGAGCGACUGGUCGGACCUUUGGCGCUCGGUGACCAGAUCGCCCUGGCUGAUAUUCAUCUGAUGGCAUAUCUAGCUAGAAUCUUUCAAGUAGCUCAGGGCUUGCCCCUUGCUCCCAAAGGGGACGAAAUUCUUGCCGUGGACGCAGCUUUCAAGCACCCAGCUAUCGCUGCCAAAGUCACCAACGCUGCUGUUGGCCCCAAGGUGACAGCUUACUGGCAAGCUCUCAAGCAAAGACCCUCGUUCAAACAGGAGUACGCCGAUGGGCUGCACUGACAUGGUGAAUGUGAUAGUCGAAACAAUCUAGAAAUGAUCCAAAACACCAGAUUAAUCUUUUUUGAGGGCAAUGCUAGCGAGUG